CUAGGGUGAUGGUAUGUUACCAAAAAGAAAACAUAAAUAAUAAUAUAAAAGAUAAAAUAAAAAUCUGAAUACAUUUUGGCCAAGAUUUAUGAAGAAAGAUUUUUUUUAUUUGCAAAAUUUUAUAAGAAAAACACUUUUCUUUUCAAAAUGUUUGGACUUUUUCAUUUAUAUAGAAAAAAACUAAAAAUUCCAUUGGUGAAUAAAUACCACCAAAAUAAAGUUUUAUCUGUCUCAAAAAAAUGCUACAAAAUUCAUAUGGGUAUAGUGUUGCAUGAUCACGCAAUUGUCAUUCAAAGUGUGAUAGCACUGAAAGCUGAAAAUUGGCCUGGACAGAAAGGGGGUGAAAGUGUCUGGACUUGAAG